CUCCUUCAAAAUUCAGUUCAAAGUUCAAACUUCAAACUUCAAAUUCCGACACUCCAAUUGACCCGAGUCAUUUGGGGGUUUGGGCAAUUAGAGUCAAAAGCAAGAUCUGUUCUUGUCUAUUGGGAUCCUCUGUAGAUCUUUUCUUCUCUUUUCCUUGAUAUUUUUUUGUUCUGCCAAACCGAAGCCAAUUGAUGGCGAGGAGACCGGAUGAAGAGUACGAUUACCUCUUCAAGGUCGUAUUAAUCGGAGAUUCUGGCGUUGGAAAAUCCAAUAUCCUCUCCAGAUUCACCCGAAACGAGUUCUGCUUGGAGUCCAAAUCCACUAUUGGCGUCGAAUUCGCCACCCGAACCCUCCAGGUGGAGGGGAAGACAAUAAAAGCACAGAUAUGGGACACAGCAGGGCAAGAGCGCUAUAGAGCGAUAACCAGUGCCUACUACAGGGGUGCCCUAGGAGCUCUUCUGGUAUAUGAUGUUACGAAACCGACAACAUUUGAAAAUGUUAGUCGAUGGUUGAAGGAGCUGCGGGACCAUGCUGACUCAAAUAUUGUAAUUAUGCUCAUUGGUAAUAAGACUGAUCUCAAGCAUCUCCGAGCAGUGGCUACUGAGGAUGCUCAAGGCUUUGCUGAGAAGGAAGGCCUGUCAUUCAUCGAGACUUCUGCACUCGAAGCUACGAAUGUUGAGAAGGCUUUCCAGACCAUCCUUGCAGAAAUAUACCGGAUAAUUAGUAAGAAGAAUCUCUCUUCAGGCGAGCCUGCACCUGCAGAAUUUAAAGAGGGGAAGACAAUUGAUGUCUCAGCAUCAGAGAUGAACACCAAGAAGUCAUGCUGCUCUUCAUCUUAGUUUAGAUUGUUUGUUGUCUAUUGCCUGGUUUGUUCUUUUAGGAGUUUGCACAAGCUAUUUUGCAAUUGAUUUGUGGAUUUCAGUGUAUUUUGCUACAUGAUAUCAGAAAUAGGUGAAGGAAAUCAAAUUUGUAGUAAAUUAGCAAAAUAUUAUUACAUAGCUUGAUGGGGAAUUCACAAUGGAGCCUAGUGCCAGCAUGCCCUUUUCGAGGCAUCACUGUACAAAUUUCUACAGAAAGAUUAAUUUCCCUUCCGUA